CCUCUCCCAACAUUGACGUUCCUCCUACAUCUCGAAUGCGAAAUGGAAACUUUCCGCCAUAUUGGUCAAGGCCCAUUUGGUGACCGCAGCACGGUCAUCUUCAAAGGCGGCCGCUUCGAAGGACCGAGAAUGAGAGGAGAGAUUCUGCCAGGAGGCGGCGACUGGGAAAUCGUGCGCGACCAUGAAGAUCAACAGACAGCCUACCUCAACACUCGCUACAACCUCGUCACUCACGAUGGCGCGACGAUAUACCUUCAAACGACAGGUACCCGCACAGGACCAAAGGAGAUUCUCGAGAAGCUGGGCGACGACACGAGCAUCACUGCGGAUCAAUUCAAGAUGCGGCUGCAUUUGACGUUCGAGACCGGCGAUCCGAGGUAUAGCUUCUUGAACCAGAUGGUGGCUAUUGCGAGUUCCGGGCGGGUGGGGAGUCAGGUCAUUUAUGAUGCUUAU